AUAAAGAACGAAGAUACAUAAGUAACAAGCGAAAACGACGCCAAGUCGAAUAUUAUUUUCAAAGGGAAUUUCAUUCGUAAGCGUGCGUGCCUGUUCAUUUUGCGGAGGUAAUUCAUAAAAGUGCAAAUAAAUAUAGUGAAAAAAUACAAGAAAAAAAGAAUUUCGCAGAGAAAAUUGCAACUUAGCGAAAAGAAAAAAGGCAUAAGGGCAAGCAAGCCGAGAACUUACAUAGAUACGGCGAAAACGCAUAUACGACUCAGUUAGAAGAAGAGCGCUGUGUAUCUUAAAAUUGAAAUCGACGCGCAUUUAAAGAAAGCGCGCAUAAUAUACAACGUAUAUAAAAAUAAUAAAAUAAAGAUACAAAUUUAUUAAUAAUAAUGGAGGACGGUUCUGCAUCUGUAAAAAAGCGUGGACGCCCUUCAAAAGUGCAUGCUGACCCAGCUGCUGAAGAUAGUCGUGAUUCCAGUCCGGGAGAAAAUAUGCCAACAAUACCCAAAAAACGCGGUCGUCCCGCCAAGGUAAAGAAGACGCCUUCGAAAGGCGACAUACCCGAAGACGAUGAGUUGCUCGAGGUAAAUGGUGAGGCGCCAAAAUCGGCCGGACGUGGGCGCCCACGUAAGAUUGUUUCACUACAAGAGAGCAGCGGUAACGACGACGACGACGACAAUGAUGAUGAUAACGAUGAUGGGGGCUCGUCUUAUGAAGAUAAUGCUAAGUCGCCAAAGCAAAAAUCACCAUCGUCCGCCAAGCGUCGCAAGCUAGGCAGGCCGCGCAAGAUACAGACCAGUGACCAGGAAGAAGAUGAAGAUUAUGAGGAAGAACAUCGCCCUGUAGGUCGUCCAGCCACUGGUGCUGUUAAUUUGAAUAUCGUGCGUACUGGCCGCGGUCCUGGUCGUCCCAAGAAAGCAAAGAAGGCGGCAGCGGCCGCCGCUGGCGAAAAUGGUGACGAAGCACCAAGAAAACGCGGACGACCCCCAACAAAUGGUACCAAGGCUGCUUACAGUUACGUGCCUACGGGUCGGCCACGCGGCCGCCCAAAGGCAGUGGCCAGUGCUGACGAUGGUUGUGCACCGAUGCCUGCCAUGAGUUAUGUGCCAACGGGUCGGCCACGCGGUCGCCCAAAAGUAGUUGUCAGUGCUCACGGUGCUGAACAAUCUAAGGCAGCGGAUGAAGAGUCUGGUAAUGAGGAGGAAUCGGCUGAUGGCGAUGAAGCUGUUCCCGUUACCACUCCAAAAAAGCGCGGGCGUCCUGCAAUGGGCGGGUCAGCUAGUAAGCCACGCGGACGACCACCCAAGGUGUCUAAAGUUGAUGAAUCUGCUAGUAGCGAGGACGACAGCUUUGACACCACUACUGACAAUGAAGCCAAGGAACCGAAGAGCAAUGUCACUGCAGAGCGCAUUAAUUCCCCAGACAAUGGCGAUGAGGGAGCUGAAAAUGAGUCCACUGAGCUCGUUGCCAAUUGGUAGGCAACUAACAUAGUAUUUAAGCAAUCAGAUUAUCAAAAACCCCAGCAAACAUAUUUACAUAUAUACAUAUACUAUAUAUAUAUCGUAACAAAUUUAAACAAAAAAUUCAACUUGCACUCAACUUUCUGGAAGUACAGUUCUCAGCCGCAAAACGAAUUCAAUUUACACCUACACUGUGCAAAAAAAAA